UGAACAUGAAGAAGAGGGGUCGAUGCUGAUUUAGGAUUUAUGAAGUUGAAUAGUUCUGAGAUUCGAGUUUUAAAUGAAAUCACUAGAGAAUUGGGAUUUUAUUUGGUAGAGUUUCAUGCUUAAGAACCAGCUAAGAAAGUACAAGUCUAGGGCUUGGUGUUGAUGAAUGUUUUGGCUGAAUUUGUUGAUACUUGUUGAUGAAAUUGGCUUAACAAGGAUUAUGAAUGAACAAAUUCUUUUUGAGUGGCGUAUCAGAGAGUCGGAGUUUGCUAAGCGGGCUGAGACCUGGUUCGCUGGAAGUCAAGAUUUUCUGUUCCGUCACACAAAUCAACAUAGAAGACUUAAGACUUUUGAAGAAGGCGAAUUGGUUAUGAUUCAUCUUAGAAAAGAAAGAUUUCCUACUAGUACUUAUAACAAGACCAAGAUGAAGAAAUAUGGACCAUUCAAGAUUUUGAAGAAAAUGAGUGACAACGCAUAUGUUGUUGAUGUUCCAUCAAAUUGGAACAUCUCUAAUAUCUUUAAUUUUCAAGAAAUAUUUAUAUUUCAUGGAGAGAAUGAAGUUCUUUCUAAUCAUCAACUCGAAGACGAGUUUCUUUAAAGAAGGGGGACUGAUGUAGUACAUCCUUUGUCCAAGACAACAUCAACUAUGACUAGUUGAUCCCUUUACGACUGAAGCAACUUUGACAAGUUGUUCUCGUUCUUCCGAAGCAACUUUGACAAGUUGAUUCCAUUCCGCAAUCAACUUUGUUUAGUUUACUUGC